AUGACUACCACUGCCCCUUUCAAAAUCGAGUCUCAGUUCAGAAUCGCCAUUAUCGGCUCUGGAAACUGGGGUACCGCCGUGGCCAAGCUUUUGGCCGAGAAUGCCGCUGAGAAGCCCGAGCUUUUCCACAAGCAGGUCAACAUGUGGGUUUUCGAGGAGGACAUCAACGGCAAGAAAUUGACCGAAAUCAUCAACACCGAGCACGAGAACGUCAAGUACUUGCCCGAGGUCAAGUUGCCCGAAAACUUGGUUGCCAACCCCGACAUCGAGGCCACCGUCAAGGACGCCGAUCUUUUGAUCUUCAACAUCCCUCACCAGUUCCUUCCUAGAGUGUGCAAGCAAUUGGCGGGCAAGGUGUCGCCAAACGCCAGGGCCAUUUCGUGCCUCAAGGGCUUGGAGGUGGACGCCGAGGGCUGCAAGUUGUUGUCCCAGUCCAUCACCGACACCUUGGGCAUCUACUGCGGAGUCUUGUCCGGUGCCAACAUUGCCAACGAGGUGGCCAGAGGCAGAUGGUCCGAGACCUCCAUUGCCUACAACAGACCCGCUGACUUCCGCGGCGAGGGCAAGGACAUCUGCGAGUACAUCUUGAAGGAGGCGUUCCACAGACCAUACUUCCACGUCAACGUGAUCAAGGACGUCAUUGGUGCGUCCAUUGCCGGAGCCUUGAAGAACGUGGUGGCCAUUGCCGCCGGGUUCGUCGAGGGUGCCGGCUGGGGCGACAACGCCAAGGCCGCCAUCAUGAGAAUCGGCAUCAAGGAGACCAUCCACUUUGCUUCCUACUGGCAGAAGUUCGGCAUUGCGGGCCUGUCUGCGCCUGAGUCCACGACCUUCACCGAGGAGUCUGCCGGUGUGGCCGACUUGAUCACCACCUGUUCCGGAGGCAGAAACGUCAAGGUUGCCCGCUACAUGGUGGAGAACAAGGUGGACGCCUGGGAGGCCGAGAAGGUCUUGUUGAACGGCCAGUCCUCGCAGGGUAUCAUCACCGCCAAGGAGGUGCACGAGUUGUUGGUGAACUACAAGUUGCAGGACGAGUUUAAGUUGUUCGAGGCCACCUACGCCGUGAUCUACGAGAACGCCGACGUCAACACGUGGCCUGACCUUUUGGCCGAGUAA